AUGAUCAAUGAAAACCUCCAGCUCUUACCUAAUAUCACUUUGGGAUUUAAUAUCUAUGAGAGUUAUGGUGGAGAAUACACCUAUCAUGCCUCAAUGGAACUUUCCUCUAGUCAGAAACAAUUCAUUCCCAACUACAAGUGUGGCAUCCUGAAUAAACUCAUAUCAGUUGUUGGGACUCCUGAUCCUGCAAUUUCUUAUGAUAUGGCAAAUAUUUUAGUUCCAUGCAAAUUCCCAUUGUUUCCAACUGGCUUUUCCCCUUUCUACUACAACAUGGUUCCAAGUGAAAAAAUAUUUUACAUGGGGAUUAUUCGAUUACUCUUGUAUUGCAGAUGGACAUGGGUUGGGGUACUUACAAAAGGCUUUGAGGCAUUGUUUCAACACCUAAUUGUUUCAAUUUUUCCUUUCUACGGCAUUUGCGUUGCCUUCUUGGAACAAUUCAGACUGCUUUAUUUUGACCAUUUUUUUGAUGGUUUGAAAUGGCUUGUCAAAAGCUUUCACAUUUAUGUUAACAGCAAAGCCAAUGCUAUAGUAGUCAGUGAUAAGAAUCUUCUACACUUAAGAUGGUUGUUACGUCUACCUGAAAUAGAAAUGAUUUCUACAAAGCCUAAAGGUAAGGUGUGGAUUAUGGCUUUCAAAGAGGAUCUUGCAUCAUUCUUUUAUCAUAAGAGCUGGGAUAUCCAAGGCUUCCAUGGUGCAUUGACAUUUGCAGCUUAUUCAAAUGAAGUUGAGGGAUUCCAAAAUUUUCUCCGAACAAGAAACCAUUUCUCCUCAAAAGAGGAUGGUUUUCUCAAAAAUGUGUGGGAGCAAGCAUUUGGCUGUGCAUUUCCAAAUCCAUCUAGGAAUGAGAAAAAUGAUGAUGUUUGUACAGGGAAUGAGAAAUUGGAGAAUCUUCCUGGGGAUUUUUUUGAAAUGAAAAUGACCAGUCAUAGUUAUAGUAUAUACAAUGCAGUACAUACUGUGGCACAUGCUUUACAUGACAUGGAGUUGUACCAUCAAUGUAGGAGAAAGUUAAAUGGCAGAAAACACAGUCUUCAGGAUCUCCAGCCAUGGCAGAGAGUCUCAUUUAAUAACAGUGUUGGCGAUGAAAUUUCUUUUAAUGAAAAUCGAGAAUUAGUUACAGGACUGGAUCUUGAGAACUGGGUCAUAUUCCCCAACCAGUCCUUACAUCGAAUAAAAGUUGGAAAGCUGGAUCCCUGGGCUGCUGAAGACCAAAUGUUCACCAUUCAUGAGGAAGCCAUCACCUGGCCUAGCACUUUCAAUCAAACCCUACCUAUAUCAGUGUGUACUGACAGCUGCCCCCCUGGUUAUUUCAAGAGAAAGCAGGAAGAGAAACCAUUUUGCUGCUAUGAUUGCCUUCGAUGUCCCAAAGAGAAAAUGUCAAGCCAGAAGGAUAUGGCUGACUGUUCAAAGUGCCCAGAAGAUCAAUAUCCAAAUAAGCUCCAACAUUCGUGUCUUCCAAAGAAAGUGGUUUUUUUGUCCUAUGAAGAACCAAUGGGAAUAGCUUUAGUCACUCUGUUCCUUGUUGCACCUGGAAAUAUUAUAUGUCUCUUUCGACAAAUUAGCUUUGGCAUCAUCUUCUCAGUGGCUGUGUCUUCUGUGCUGGCAAAAACCAUCACUGUGGUUCUGGCUUUCAUGGCCACCAAGCCAGGAUCCAGGAUGAGGAAUUGGGUGGGAAGAAGUCUGGCCACCUCCAUUAUUCUUUCUGGUUCCCUGAUUCAAGCAGCCAUCUGCAUUAUAUGGCUCUUCACAUUUCCUCCUUUCCUUGAUACUGACACUCAUUCAGAAAUUGAGGAAAUCAUACUGCAGUGCAAUGAAGGCUCAUCUACCAUGUUCUACUGUGUCCUGGGCUACAUGGGCUUUUUGGCAGCUGCCAGUUUCACAGUAGCAUUUUUCUCUAGGAAUCUCCCCAGCAGUUUCAAUGAGGCCAAAUGUCUCACAUUCAGCAUGUUGAUCUUCUGCAGUGUAUGGAUCUCUUUUGUUCCAUCCUAUCUGAGCACUAAAGCCAAAUACAUGGUGGCUGUGGAGAUUUUUUCCAUUUUGGCCUCUAGUGCUGGAUUGUUGGUCUGCAUUUAUUUCCCCAAAUGUUACAUAAUUAUUGUUAGGCCAGAGAAAUCAAGUAUCCAGUUACAUUAA